AUGAAGAAGAGCGUAACCAAGCCGAGUAAAGAAGGCCCCAAGACCUCUGCGCAUCAUCAGCACCAUCCGCGCGAUCGGCAUGAUACGCACGAUACACAUGACGUGCAUAAUGUGAAUCGAAAGCCCAAGAAGUCGUCCGCGGCAUGUUGGUGCACAGUGCUCUUUUGGGGCCUUUCGAUUGCAGCAGCUCUGACUAUUUUCGAGCUUGCGAUUUUCGCCAUGUUCAAGACGAAAGACGAGGCGCCCGCGUUAGGUCGCAUUGAGGCCAACUCAAGCUCUACUCCGCAGCCUCAUAGACUUCUACUACAGAGUAGCCUCGAGAUUAUUUCUUCAUUGGAUGGCUCGGUGGCAAACAUCACCAAAAUGAACAAUCGACACAACCAACAACGUAAACACGAUAAGCAGAAUCGCUCGAAGAAAGUGAACUUGAGAAGCGAGAUGGAGACCUUUCAACGACAAAUCAAGGGAGCGGAUCGCGAUGCAAAUACGACGUGGAAGCUCAUCGAUAGCGAUAUCCCAAGAUUCAUCUCCUCUGUUGAUCCCAGCGUCGAACAUGAACACCUGAGGCAUCUCGUAGACAGGUCGAUCCAAAUGCUCGCCAACACACGUGAAUGGCACAGCAAGGCAUUGAAAACAACAAAGUCACUCCGUGAUAGGUUGUCAACCGAGUUGCAACCUAUUCGAGAAAAGGUGAGCGACUACGAAGCCAAAAUGCGCGACAAACAGACUCAACGUCAAGGGUCUCGACGGCCUAUAGGCGAAAGGCCAGAAGAUCGUCAAAUGCAUCAGCGCGGACUUGAACGCAUCGAAGAUUUUCAGUGGAUGAUCAGCAAUCUUAGCAUCAUUGAGACGCAGGUGAAUAAGAGCUCAAGUCAGUGGAACAAUACUGCUUAUGUGCACAAAGCACUGCAUGAUCAUUCGCGCAAAUUCAAGAAACUGCAGGAGAUGGAGAACCCUACUUACGCAAUGUUUGCUGACAGAUUUGGCCAUGUCGCAUGGACAAUGAAUGUGACGAGGAGCUGUGUGGUGAAGGAUUGUGAGGGGCUGCUUGAUGGUCCAGGCGAACUGUGGCCUUUACACGCGGGAAAUUGGAGGCCUUGA